AUGGGCGGGCCCAAUCUUGAAGUCUUCAAAUUCGGCAUGUAUAUCAUGUUCCCGAUUGGUAUCAUGUGGUACUACGGCACGAACCUCGACAAUCGAUUCUCGGUGCCGGAUUUCUGGCCCAAGCCCGAACAGACGUACAAGAUCCCGUUCGAGAAAGAGGAGAUCCAUUCCGAGCUGGAGAGGUUGCGGCAGCGGAGACUGUACCUGAGAGAGAAGAGAUUGGAGAGGGAGGCCCGGAUGGAGCAGAGGAGGAACGAGGAGGAGGCCAACUGA